CUCUCUCCCUCCUCCAUCCCUGCCUCUCUUUUCCUCCCUGUCCUCGCUACACGUAGCCUCAGGCAGGUUAUUUGACCUCCGGCGGAGCGCAUGAACAUCUUCGGAAGCAUACGAACAGCGACAGGCUCCGCGCGGACAUGUAGUCGGCGGUUAGGCGACCCAGGUCCUUCAAGAUGGAUGGUCUCUGCUGGACCUUCUCGGGCAGCUCUGUCUGCUACGAGAACCCAUCUAUCUGCUCGACGCACAUUCUACUCGUCAACGGUCACUGAUUACACACCCACGACUGCACUCCGCCUUCCUCGCUGGGUCAACAACUCGAAGUCGGGCGCACCACGCGACCAGCAGUCAAGUAAUUUGCCUGACGAUGCGGACUCGUCACAGACAGGUGUACGGUUGGACAGUGCAGAAGAUGGCCAGUCCCCACCACCGGCAUCCACGCCGCCCUCCGCCCCUCCCUCCUCGUCUUCAUCUUCUUCUGGAGAUGGAUCAGACAGUGCGGACCCACCGGCGUCACCUCCGCCAGAAUCCCCACCACCGUCACCAACGUCUAUUUCCAAGCAGUCUGUCCCGGAAAACUACCCUCAGGUCCUCGCUCUGCCUAUCGCUCGUCGUCCGCUCUUCCCUGGUUUCUACAAGGCAGUGGUCAUCCGGAACCCCGAGGUGGUCUCAGCUAUCAAGGAGAUGAUGCGUCGCGGCCAGCCCUACCUCGGUGCCUUCUUGCUGAAGGACGAGAACGCGGACAGUGACAUCAUUACGGACAUCAACUCGGUACAUCCUGUCGGCGUCUUCGCGCAGAUCACCAGCGUUUUCACGGCAUCCAGUAACAAGGAAGGCGAGAAGGAGGAAGGGCUCACUGCAGUCCUAUACCCUCACCGCCGCAUCCGGAUCACGGAACUUGUGAAGGCUGGUCAACUCGCGAAAGUCGAACCGGUAGAGAGUGCACAGGCAGACACUACCACGGAGACCGAGGUCCAGCUUCCGACGCCCCCUCCCGAGCGCGACGGUCCGCCGAUGACCAUGCAGACGUCUUUCCUCGAGAAGUUCUCCGUCUCGGUCGUCAACGUGGAUAACCUCGCUACUCAGCCGUACAACAAGGACGACCAGUACAUCCGCGCAUUCAUGUCGGAGAUCGUCUCUGUGUUCAAGGACAUCGCUCAGCUCAACCCUCUCUUCCGGGAUCAGAUUGCCAACUUCUCCAUCAACCAGGUCGCGUCGAACGUCUUCGACGAGCCGGACAAGCUCGCAGAUUUCGCUGCUGCAGUAUCCACUGGGGACCCGAACGAACUGCAAGAUGUUCUCGAGAGCUUGGUUGUCGACGACCGCUUGCGCAAGGCCCUACUCGUGCUCAAGAAGGAGCUUAUUAACGCUCAGCUCCAGAGCAAGCUCGCACGCGAUGUGGACAGCAAGAUUGCCAAGCGCCAGCGCGAGUACUACCUCAUGGAGCAGCUCAAGGGCAUCAAGAAGGAGCUCGGCAUGGAGUCGGACGGCAAGGAUAAGCUGAUCGAGAAGUUCAGGGAGCGCGCAGCCGCACUCAAGAUGCCCGAGGGAGUCCGUAAGGUCUUCGACGAGGAGCUGAACAAGCUCCAGCAUCUCGAGCCCGCCGCGUCAGAGGCCAACGUAACCCGGAACUACCUGGAAUGGCUCACGCAGAUUCCGUGGGGUCGUCAUUCGCCUGAGAACUAUUCGAUCUCUCACGCGCAGACCGUUUUGGACGAGGAUCACUACGGCCUGAAGGACGUCAAGGACCGCAUCUUGGAGUUCCUCGCUGUCGGGAAGCUUCGCGGCACCGUCGAGGGCAAAAUCAUUUGCUUGGUUGGGCCCCCGGGUGUUGGAAAGACGUCUAUCGGCAAGUCGAUCGCUCGUGCUCUGAACCGCCAGUUCUUCCGCUUCUCCGUCGGAGGUUUGACCGACGUUGCGGAAAUCAAGGGUCACAGACGCACAUACGUCGGAGCCCUUCCUGGCAAGAUCAUCCAGGCGCUCAAGCGUGUAGGCACCGAGAACCCGCUGGUGCUUAUCGAUGAGGUUGACAAGAUCGGCCGCGGACACAACGGUGACCCGGCGAGCGCCCUGCUCGAGAUGUUGGACCCGGAGCAGAACACAGCCUUCCUUGAUCACUACAUGGACGUCCCGGUUGACCUGUCCCGCGUGCUCUUCGUGUGCACAGCCAACAUGCUCGACACGAUCCCAGCACCCCUACUGGACCGUAUGGAGGUCCUUGAAGUCAGCGGCUAUGUUUCCGAGGAGAAGGCCCAGAUCGCCUCCAAGUACCUUGGUCCCCAAGCGAAGGAAGCUGCAGGACUCAAGGAGGCCGACGUGCAGCUCGAGCCGUCAGCUGUCGACGUCCUCAUCAAGUACUACUGCCGCGAAAGUGGUGUCCGUAACUUGAAGAAGCACAUCGACAAGAUCUACCGGAAGGCUGCCCUCAAGAUUGUGCGGGACCUUGGUGAAGAUGUGUUCCCCGAGCCCACUCCCGUUCCGGCGGUGGAGACCGCGGCUGUUGACGCGGCGAAGUCGGACGAAUCUGCUGAGGCCUCCUCUGCGGUGGAGAAGCAGGAUGCGCCGCCAGACACUCCCGGAGCCCCAGAGACCUCCACUCCCCACACCUCAGCGGCUGAGAAGGAAGAGAAGGAGCGUAUUGUCACGACCGUCCAGCGUGAGCCCGUCAAGGUACCCGAGACCGUGCACGUGCGCAUCACCCCGGAGAGCUUGAAGGAGUACGUCGGCCCCGCGGUCUACCAGAAGGACAGGUUGUACGUUCAGGCGCCUCCCGCUGGUGUGAGUACCGGCCUCGGGUACCUCGGUAACGGCUCUGGAGCUGUCAUGCCCAUCGAAGCCAUCUCCAUGCCUGGCAAGGGUGGCAUCCUCCUUACCGGAAAGCUCGGCGACGUUAUCAAGGAGAGCUCGCAGAUCGCACUCUCGUGGGUGAAGAGCCACGCCUACGAGCUCGGCAUUACGAAGACGCCGGACGAGCUCUUCCUCACCGACCGGGACAUCCACGUGCAUAUGCCUGAGGGCAGCAUUGGCAAGGAGGGCCCGAGUGCAGGCACUGCGCUCCUGUCAGCGUUUGUGUCCCUCUUCACGAAGACGAAGAUUAACCCCGACAUUGCGAUGACGGGUGAGAUCUCGUUGGUUGGAAUGGUGCUCCCCGUUGGUGGUUUGAAGGAGAAGAUCCUCGCCGCUCACCGUGCAGGCAUCAAGACCAUCAUCGCGCCUGCGGGCAACCGCCCCGACAUCGAGGAGAACGUGCCGGAGAGCGUCAAGACCGGCAUCCGCUUCGUCUACGUCGAGGACGUCAAGGAGGUCCUCCACGAGGUCUUCCGCGGGGAGGCAGUCGCCGAGCGCUGGAAGGACACGCUCUCGCUCUAAGCAGCCUGCACCAUUCGCCUCCACGCGCCACCCCCCAGCGCCACCCCCGAGGCGAACCAACCCCUCUUGUAUAUCUGCCGUGGUGCGCUCCGUUAGGGUGCGGCCGCGCAGGAUGCAGACGCUGCACGCGACACACGUAGAUGUCGACACAGGCCGACUGCCGUUUCGCCGUCAUGGGAUGUGGCGGGGGACGCUAAUACGUACGUACUACUACAGCUAAUGGGCCGCGUCGCCUCGGCUUAGAGCAGGGCCCCACUACACAACCAUCCGCCACCUGUAUAUUAUCACGUCGCACGCCACUUCAACCCAGCUCACGUCUG